CCCCGGGUCCUUUAUUUGAUUUGCAAUUGGCAAUGAAAGGCAGAUUGAUUGAUUCCGUGCACUCUGGGUCUAGUCCCCCGACACGUGCGAUUACGGAAUGGAUGCCUUAUCGUCGCUCGCUUGCAUCGCUGUCGGCCAUUCGUAUUCGACUAUCUAUGGUGUACAGUCGAUCCCGGUCCAAGAGUUCCAACAUGUUGAUCAAGAUGAGGACUGCGAGGUCGGAGGAGCUCAGGCGCUUGGUGUGCCCAAGUGACUGUAUAUGAAGCUGUGGUGCCCUUUGUGCCGCCCUGUGUCAUUUGUUAACGGUUUCUCGAGACUUUGAUUGCACUGGUUGCCUCUGUGGUCUUUGCGCUAGACUUGGCUUCAUAGUACUGCAUCCAAGGCUCUUUCUGGAUUUCAACUCAUCUCUUCGGAAUCUACCUGUUCAUCUCAAUUGGCGGCACUAGUCAUCUUGAGCCAGUAUGGCCUCGGAAGAGGUCAAGUUUGUUGCCCCCCUUUCUCAAGGGUUUGGCUAUGGAAUCAUCAUAGGGCUAGGGUUCGCCUUUGCGCUCGUGAUGAUCUUCAUUACAUGGGCUCUGAAGAGAUAUCAACAUGAAGUUCAAACGUCCGAGAUGUUCUCGACCGCUGGACGUUCCGUAAAGUCUGGAUUGGUUGCGGCUGCAGUUGUCAGCAGCUGGACAUGGGCUGCAACUCUUCUUCAGUCGUCCGCUGUGGCCUAUCAAUAUGGCAUUUCAGGCCCUUUUUUCUACGCUUCGGGCGCCUGUGUUCAGAUCAUCCUCUUCGCAACUCUCGCCAUUGAGCUCAAAAGACGGGCCCCCAAUGCGCAUACAUUCCUGGAAGCGAUUCGCGCCCGCUACGGCACGGCCGUUCAUGUUGUCUUCAUCGUCUUCUGCCUGAUGACCAACAUCCUCGUCACCGCCAUGUUGCUCACUGGCGGCUCGGCCGUCAUGACUUCUCUGACUGGGGUUCACACAGCUGCAGCCUGUUUUCUGCUCCCCAUCGGUGUGGUUCUGUACACUCUGUUCGGCGGCAUCAAGGCAACUUUCAUUACGGAUUACAUGCACACGGUGGUCAUCAUCGUUGUCAUCUUUAUCUUUGCGUUUUCUGCCUACGCCACGAAUGAGAAUCUCGGGUCCCCGGGCAAGGUGUAUGAUGCGCUGGUCGCGGCGUCUGAGCUUCAUCCCGUCGAGGGGAAUGCCCAAGGCAGCUAUUUGACCAUGAGGUCGAAGGAGGGUGGCAUUUUCUGGAUUAUUAAUCUUGUUGGUAACUUUGGCACUGUCUUCCUUGACAAUGGAUACUACAAUAAAGCUAUCGCCGCACACCCUGUCCAUGCCUUCCCCGGAUAUGUCAUCGGCGGUCUCUGCUGGUUUGCCAUCCCUUGGCUCUGUGCCAGCACCAUGGGAAUCUCUGCUCUCGCUCUGGAGGGAUCUCAGCGCAUGAGCUCGGACGAUGUCACCGCCGGUCUUGUGCUACCUUUUGCUGCUGUCGAGCUCCUGGGCUACAGCGGAGCCGUAUGCACCACGCUCAUGAUCUUCAUGGCCGUCACGUCCGCUUUCUCCGCCCAGCUUAUCGCCGUCUCGUCCAUCCUCACCUACGACAUCUACCAAGCCUACAUCAACCCCGAGGCCAAGGGCAAGCGACUGGUCUGGAUCUCCCACAUGUCCUGUAUCUUGUUCGCCAUCGUCAUGGCCGGCUUCGCCACCGGCCUCUACUACGCCGGCAUCGGCAUGGGCUACCUCUACCUCCUAAUGGGCGUCAUCAUCUCCUCCGCCGUCUUCCCCGGCGCCAUGACCCUCGUCUGGAAGGGCCAGAACUGGGUCGCAGCCGCCUGCUCACCUGUCCUCGGUCUCGCCAUGUCCCUCAUCGCCUGGCUCGUCACCACCAAGAGAGAAUACGGCGUCUUCACCGUCGCCACGACCGGAGCAAACUACCCCAUGCUCGCCGGCAACGUCGCCGCCCUCCUCAGCCCGAUCGUCUUCUCCCCGGUCCUCACCUACGCCUUCGGCCCCCAAAACUACGACUACGAGUCGAUGCGCGCCAUCCGCAAAGUCGACGACACGGAGGUCGCCGCCGCCGCACACGUCGACAUCGAGCUGAUCCCCGGCGAAUCGAGCGCGCCGGCCAACCGCGCCGCCGAAGAAGACGAGCAGCGCAAGCUCAACCGCGCGGCGCUCUACUCGCGCACCCUCACCGUCGCCAUGGUCAUCUGCUUUCUCCUCCUCUGGCCCAUCCCCAUGUAUGGGAGCGGGUAUGUGUUCAGCAAGAAGUUCUUCACGGGGUGGGUGGUGGUGGAAAUUUUGUGGUUGUUUGUGACGACGUUUGGGGUUGUGGUGUUCCCGCUGUAUGAGGGGAGAGAGAGUAUUGUGCGGACGGCAAGGUCGAUGGUUCUGGAUGCGAUGGGCAAGAGGCCCAGGGCGACGUUGGAGGGCCAGAAGGGGGGAGAGACGCCGAGUGGGGUGGCGACGCCGACGGAGAAGGUGGCUGGGAAGGAGGAGGCUUGAUAUGGUGUUGUAGGUUGGUUUGGUUAUGAUUGUAUGAUGGGAUGGGAUUAGAUCUUUGUGCUUGGAUUGCUGGAUAUAUUGGAGGUACUGUAUGGGCUUUUGUUUCUUGUUUUACUGCUAUACCCCGUUCGUUACUUAUUAAUGACGUGACCUCUCUCUUCCCGUUCUUCAAUAACAUAACAAUAAUAAACCUCAUUAAUUCAAUUCAAACAAACAACCUCAGC